UCCGAUCCAUGAUUUGCUAUAGACUGACUGCGAAUUUUUUUCAAAAUACUUGCCGCAACUGUGCGUCGCCGCUGCGCCGACGGAACGUUGACUGCGUCAUAGUAACGCUGCAGCGCCCGUGUGGCCGGCUAUGCGUCAAAAUAUUUGCGUUGCGACGACGCAACGCAACGCAACGCGCCGUGUGGACACGCUCUCACUCGUCUCGUAGCGUUGGUUGGUGACUAUUGUUGAGUGUUGAGUGCCUCUGUUUCUAUUGUUUUUUAUCAUACGACUUGGCUUCCCUUACCGGACUUUGUUAUUUUCGUAUAUUGUGACCUGGCUUUGUGAAGUGGACUACAUCGAUUAGCUUUGUGAUUUGGAUUUUCGUUUCUAUCUCGUACAUUAUGGAUGAAGUUAAUAUUAGAAGUGCAAUAUGUGUCGGUUGCCGGCGAAGUCUGAACCGUAUCGGUGGAGCUCGCAGGAGAUCAAUGAUCUUAACAGCAGAGCUCAUGCAAAACCACCCUUUUUUGAUGUUGUACUGUUUAGAAGUUAUCAACGUUCAUCAGUUUGAUGGAGAGGAUCGAAUAUGUCGGCCAUGUUUUCUACGAGCUCAGCGUUAUGCUGCCAAUACUCAGUCUACAGAAGACGUACCAGACCAAUCUGGAGAAAAUACAUCAGGUCAACCUGCUCAAUUGAUCCAAGACGUACCAAUGGAAGUAGUUAUUGAGGAAAAUCCUGUACUAGGACAACCUAAUGUUGUUGAUCAAGAAGUACAAGUUAACAGACCACAGUUGAUAGAGAUACCUGGAUAUAAGCGAGCGCCAUUCAAUUCGCAAUUAUGUGUUUUUGCUGAUUGCAUCAAUACUGAUUUACAAAGAAUCCACAUCGACGUAAGGGCUACAGUUCUUCAAGAAAAAUGUUUUUAUCUCCCAAGAGGGACACGUGUUUGUCAACAGCACUCAGAGUUGCUAUGGCAAAGUAUCGAUACAAGUACACGCAGCGUAUUUAAUACUUUUUCAGCCGUACAAGUUAAAGACAUGAUGGAUAUUUUACGGACACGUAAGGUUUUUUUAGAUUUUGAAAAACUAACUUCAAUAAAUAAUGGCGUUUUUCAUUAUUACAUAGGCUUUUCAAAAGAAAAAUUCUUACAAAUCCUUCAAAGAACACCAAAUAUCAUGCAGCGGUUCAGGAAAAAACCAAAAACAAGUCUUGCGACUGUUCUUGCCAAACUACAUACUGGAGAGUCCAAUGAAAGGCUAUCUACCAUAUUUAAUAUGACCAGAAAGACUUUUGAAAAGACGAUGCGGCUGGUGAGGCAAGAUUUAAUAACAGAAUUUGUGCCACAGCAUUUGGGCUACGACCAUAUAACACGUGAAGAAGUUAUAUCCCGAUGUCUAUCCAUUCCAAAUGAACUAUUUGGAAAUCCUGAUGCCCCGUUACGUGAUCGUAGAGCCAUAAUUAUUUUAGAUGGCACGUAUAUUUAUUUGCAAAAAAGUAGUAAUUAUUAUUUUCAAAGAAAAUCCUAUAGUCUCCACAAAUUCCGCCACCUAGUGAAACCAUUUUUACUAGUUUGCCCUGAUGGUCAUAUAAUUGACGUAUAUGGAUUAUACGAAGCCACUACAUCGGAUGCAGCUAUUUUAUCAGAUAUAAUGAAAAGCCCAGAGGAUCCUUUCCAUUGGUUCUUCCAUGAAGAUGAUGUGUUGAUAUUAGAUAGAGGCUUCAGAGACUGUAUUGAAGAAGUGGAGACCUGUGGGUACCGUGCAUAUACGAGGGGUGGCUGAAAAGUUCUGAGCCUAAGGCACUUGCAUUCGUGCUAAUUACUCAUCCGGCGGGUCACUAGUUGAGCGACAUCUACCCACUAUAUAAGAAAAGUUUCAUGUCAUUAGCUUCAUUAAGCUUUGAGUAAUUGAACCGUGAACAUCAACAUGUCUGAGUCAUCGCUGCAGUUAACGAAAUUGGAACAUCGCGCCGUCAUAAAAUUCCUCGUAAAAAAGGGGAAAACAGCAAAAGAAAUUUUUGAAGAAAUGUCUAGUGUAUACGGAGAAUCUGGACCGUCGUCAGCCACGGUUAAACGAUGGACACGCCUAUUCCAACAAGGCCGAGAGACUCUGGAAGACGACCCCCGCUCGGGCCGGCCGAACACCGCAGUCACUGAUGAAAACAUCGAAAAAGUAAAAAAAAUUGUACUGGACGAUCGGCGAGUAAAAUUGUGGCAGAUAGCAGAAGAGCUGAGCAUCAGUAAGGAACGAGUUGGAGACAUUAUGCAUAAUCAUUUGCAUAUGAAUAAAGUCAGUGCGCGUUGGGUGCCUAAAAUGCUCACGCCACUGGACAAGCAGCGACGAGUUGAAACUUCCGAAGAAUUUAUAGACCUGUGCAAGGACAAUUUGGAGGAAAUUUGCACUCGUAUUGUCACCGUUGAUGAAACGUGGAUCCGACAAUACGACCCGGAGUCGAAACAAGAGUCAAUGCAAUGGAUAGAGAAGGGGGAAAAGCCGCCGACGAAGUUCAAGGUGGAAAAAUCGGCUUCCAAACUCAUGGCCACCAUUUUUUGGGAUUGCGAAGGAGUUUUACUCAUAGAUUACCUCCAAAAAAAAACUACGAUGAAUGCAGAGUAUUAUGCAGGGCUUUUGAAAAAAGUUCGCGAAGCCAUUGUUGAAAAAAGAAGAGGCAAAAUCAGCAAAGGAAUUUUGUUUCUGCAAGACAAUGCGCCGGUUCACACAGCGCGCAUUGCGAGGCAAGCCUUGCGAGAAACUGGAUUCGAUGAAGUGAACCACCCUCCCUAUAGUCCAGAUCUGGCCCCUAGCGACUAUUUUCUAUUUAAAAAUUUGAAAAAGGACCUUCGGGGACGAAGAUUUGGAGAUGAUGAAGAGAUGAAGGCGGCCGUAAAUGAACAUUUUCAAGCUAAAGACGCGGCUUAUUUUUUUUCAGGGAUACAAGCCCUCUAUAAAAGAUGUCAAAAGUGCAUUGAAGUCCAUGGGGACUAUAUUGAAAAAUAAAUUUUAUUUAGAUUUUUA